AUGACUGAUGUUGUCGAGAAUUUUUCAAGUUGCCCACGGUGGUUUGAAAUGAUGAUUACGUUGAAAAAAUGUUAUUUGACUAAAUUGUCAACCGUCAGGCAACCUUGGUAUUUGAUUGCCAAUAUUUCUGUGGAAUGUGGCGCAGAUUUUGUUAAAAAUCUCCUUCCUUUAAAAUAUCUUGUUAAUAAGGAUGAUGUGAAAGCAAUAGUUUUACCAUUUAAUGCUAAAACAGAAGGGAUAUCAUUAACAAUAGGCAUUGGUAACGAUAUAGCAGUGGAAAUGAGACUUAAGAAGCUUAUGCCAAAUCUCAAAUUUUUUGGUGUUGAUCCUUUACAUGAAGAUGGAAUAUUAUUCGAGCAACUCGGUCAAUAUCGAAAGAUUGGUAUCUCAGAAAAAGGAGGAUCGCUGAAUGCUUCUGUGUUGGAAAAUGGUUUAUAUGUUUGGCGCAUUAUCGAGUCGAUCACAAUGAAUGAGCUUCUUCAUGAUUUCAAACUCUCUGAAGUUGACUUUUUAUUUCUGGACAUCGAAGGUGUUGAAUACACAGCUUUGCCAUCCAUUCUUUCUUCGGAAAUGACAAAAGGAAUUUUUUGUCAGAUCAAUGUUGAACUACAUGGACCUCUUAUGGAUUAUGGUGCUACCAUGAAAGAUUUUUUUAGAAUAUUAAAAACGAUCUUCAUGUCCAGUUCUUCUUAUAUUCCAUUAUGGAUUCCUUUACCUACAAUGCACCAUCGUAUUUUCCUUGUUAACUGGAGGCAUCCUUAUUGUUUGAAAAAAUAUUUUUCCUAUUGGUGCUAA